AUGGGUGCCAAGACAUCUAAACUUUCCAAGGAUGACCUGACAAGCCUGAGACAAUCAACGUAUUUUGACCGCAGGGAGAUCCAGCAGUGGCACAAGGGUUUUCUAAGAGACUGUCCUUCCGGCGCAUUGACAAAAGAGGAGUUCACAAAGAUAUACAAGCAAUUCUUCCCGUUCGGAGCGCCGGAGGAGUUCGCCAGCCAUGUAUUCAACGUGUUCGACCAGGACGAAAACGGGACGAUCAACUUCAAAGAGUUCAUCACGGCACUGAGCACAACGUCGCGGGGCACGCUGGAGGAGAAGCUGGUGUGGGCGUUCCAGCUGUACGACCUGAACCGCAAUGGGUCGAUAACAUACGAUGAGAUGCUGACCAUCGUUUCCAGCAUAUACAAGAUGAUAGGCUCGAUGGUGAAGCUUGAGGACAACGAGGCCACGCCGGAGCUGCGGGUCAAGAAGAUAUUUCAGCUGAUGGACAAGAAUGAGGACGGGGAGAUUUCGCUGGAGGAGUUCCGCGAGGCGUCCAAGGUGGACCCCUCCAUCGUGAGCGCGCUGAACCUCUACGACGGGCUAGUGUAG